GAUGACCGUGGGGGUGACGAUAACCGUGGAGGCGACGGUGACCGUGGAGACGACCUUUCUCUGACAAUGAACAUCUAUAAAGAGGAGCAAGCUUCCUAGACUCUGACCAGAAAAAAAACCAUCAUCCUUCACAUCCACAUUUCCUCAUCAACCAUCAACCGUCAAGCACUCUACCUGCCACCAAAAUCAAAACCUACCCUACACAAUGCUCUUCACCACCGUCCUCACCUCCGCCCUCGCCGGCCUGGCCAUGGCAUCCCCUGCCGCCCGCAUGGACCAGUCCAUCAAUGGCCUUCAGCAGCGCCAAGUCCUGCCUGAGCCUUGCAUCGUCAAUUGCCUCACCUCUGUGUGCACCGCCACCCCUCUCGCCUGCCCGGGCUGCCUGAUCUCGUGCCUUAACAUCGCCGCCAACGAUGCCGGCGAGGUUGUCCUUGACGCUAUCGCCCCCGAGAAGGCAGUUGUCGACAAGGUUGAGGGCUAUGUUCCUCAAACCACCAAGGCCUAA